UUGGCUCCAAAAAAAGUUUGCUUUUUUUUGUGUUUUAGAAGAAAUGUGGGCUCAGUCAGGGAAACUAUAUUUCAUCGUUUUAUUUUUAUUCACCUUUGAAAAUGUUCAAAGUUCUUCAUUCGAUUUGGAUAAAUUGGCUGUAGACAAUUUUCGGAAUUAUCUGCGAAUUCCUUCAGUUCAACCGAAUGUCAAUUACACAAAAUGUGUCAUGUUUUUAAAAAAACAAGCAGAAUCUUUGAAUCUCCCAAUAAAAGUCAUUGAAACGACUCCUAAGAAACCUCAUGUUAUAAUAACAUGGGAAGGUACUGAACCUGAAAAAUCAUCCAUAUUACUCAGUGGUCAUAUGGAUGUCGUUCCAGUCAAUCUUGAAAAAUGGAUUUACCCACCGUUUGCUGCUCACAUGGACGAAAAGGGCAACAUUUAUGCCCGUGGCGCGCAAGAUAUGAAGAGUGUCAGCAUUCAGCACAUCGAAGCAAUUCGACGAUUAAAAUUAAAUGGAAUCCGAUUGAAAAGAACAGUUCACAUUCUUUUUGAGCCUGAUGAAGAGAUUGGUGGCGUUGGUAUGGAGGCAUUUGUAAAAACUGAGGAAUUUAAAAAAUUAAACGUUGGAUUCGCAAUGGACGAGGGUGGUAUUUCUGAAGGCAGGGAAAUUAUUGUUAUUUAUGCGGAAAAAUCUCGUUAUCGAAUGUGGGUGCAUUGUCCAGGUGAAGCUGGUCACGGUUCCUCGCUCUUAAAUAACACUGCGGCUGAGAAAUUGCGAGUCAUCAUCGAUCGAUUUAUGGACUAUAGAACUUUAGAAAAGGACAAGUUGAAGGAUCCAAAAGUGAAACCCGGAAACGUUACAUCAAUUAAUUUAACAAUGUUAAAAGGUGGAGUGCAAGUGAACGUUGUUCCUGACGUAUUGUCUGCAGCAUUCGAUAUUAGAAUUCCACCUGAUAUGAAAGUGUUUGAAAAAUUUGACAAAAUGAUACACAGUUGGUUCAAUGAAGUUGGAUGUAAUGUUGAAUACAUUCAAAAAAAUAACAGUAUUCCUGUCGAAGGUACAAAAAUAGAUGACAGCAAUAUUUAUUGGAGUGCUUUUAAGAAGGCAGCCGAUGAUUUUGGCGUGAAAUUGAAUCCUGAAAUUUCUGCUUGGGGUUCAGAUGCAAAUUACAUUCGAGCUCUUGGAAUACCAGCUUUAGGAUUCUCGCCAAUUAACAAUACACGUGUAUUGCUUCAUGCCGAUAACGAAUAUUUGAAUAAGGACAUCUUUCUCAAGGGGAUAACAAUAUUUAUGAAAAUUAUCAUUGCUGUUGCAAAUGCAUAGCGAAAUUAUUAUUAGGUUCAUAUGAAACAAAAGUUGCUUUAUUAUAAUAAAUAGAAAAUUUAAUUUUUAUUACUUUUUAUCGACAAUAAUUUAAGGCAUAAAUAACUAAGAAAAUUGUUCAAGUUUAUUAAAUUUUUAUAUUUAAUAAAGAUUAUAAGUGGAAAACUA